AAUAACCACAGGCAGAUGCCAGCACAGUGCCAUGGGGAUGGGGAAGGAAGGGAUCCCGGGGCUGUUCGAGCAGCACUGCUGUGUGCCCUGUCCUGCUGGCAGUCACGGGGAUGGGUAAGGCUGACCCCGAGCUGCCUUCCCUCCCUCCAGCCGGCUCUGAUUCCCGCUGCAUCCUCCCUCCAGCAGCCCGGCACGCAGCCGCUGCUGGGCUUAGCGCAGCGAUCCUCCCGGAGGAGCCGCGCUCCCGGUGCCGGCCGGGCGGCGACAGGAGCCGCUUCCCGCUGCCGCUGGCGCUGCUCCGGGACUGCGGCUGGCGGGACAGCCGGCCCGGAGCACCUGCACCGCCCGGGCCGCCCCCGGCCCGCCCCGCCCCGGCCCGGCCCCGCUAUAAGAGGGGCAGCGGCGGGGCCCGGAGCUCAGGCUGGCGGCGGAGGCGGCAGCGGCGGGGCUGGGGCAUCUCCGCCCGCCGCCGCCAUGAAGUCUCCGGCAGCGCAGAGCCCGGCGGGGCAAGCGCCCGGGGAGGACGGCGAGGGCCUGGCCGAGGCGCUGGGCGAGUUCGACGCGGUGCUGGCCGAGUUCUCCUGCCCCGCCGACCGGCGCCGCUUCUUCUACGGCGAGCACCUGGAGCGCAUGAAGCGGCGGAGCAGCGCCAGCGUCAGCGACGGCAGCGGCCUCAGCGACUCCGAGAGUGCAGAUUCCCUCUACAGAAAUAGUUUCAGUCUCAGUGAUGAAAAGCUCAACUCUUCAACUGCAUCUACUCCAAGCUUGCCAUCCCCUUCAGUGACUCCUUGUAAAGCAAAGCUUGGAGACACAAAAGAGCUGGAGGACUUCAUUGCUGAUCUUGACAGAACACUAGCAAGUAUGUGAAAUGAAUUUUCAGCAUUGUGCUUGCAUGUGAAUGUCCUCUGAAGGAUAAGUGACAUCAAUCAGUGGGAACUGCUGCCCUUGUCUGAUAACUUUGCUCAAGAUCCCUCUGAACAUAACCUUUGUGAACUCCUACAAGUAUUUAACUGGCAACAUUGGGUUUGGGUUUUUUUGGGUGGUUGUGGUUUUGGUUUGUUUUUUUUUUUUUUUUUUACUUUGCAGCAGAUGGAAUAACUUAAAUGUUAGAGCUGUAUUUUGCUUUAAAAUAUAGCUUGAAUUUUAAUUUAAAGUUGCUUUUAUGCAAAUAUAUUUGUAAUUUUAUAUAGUUGAAAACUUUAAUGCUUUUCUCCAUUAUAAUAUAUUUUUGUAUGCAAAUAAAUCCUGAACUGGAAUCCAGAUGUCUGUAAGCUUCCUAUGAACGUGCAGACUCUGAAAUAUAAGUACAAAUUAAACUCUUAUUGAAAACAACAUGCUUUAACAUAUCUUGAUAAUGGUAUGUUUUUGCCCUGUUAGGCAAAAUUUGUUAUGCUAGAAGGAUGUGGUUGCUUAAAUAAGAACUUUGUAAAAUUAAUACAGUCAGGAAAAUAAUAAAUUUGGUCAAACUGUUA